AUGCCUUCAUAUGAUAAGUUUCUUAAAGAGAUUCUAUCCAACAAGAAAAAACUUGAGGAUGAUGAAACGGUUAUGCUUACUGCCGAGUGUAGCGCUAUUAUUCAAAACAACACGCCUUUUAAACUAAAAGACCCAGGUAGUUUUUCCAUACCAUGUGUAAUCGAAAGUUAUAUCAUAGAUAAAGCUCUAUGCGAUUUAGUAGCCAGUGUUGGUUUAAUUCCCUUAUCCACAUGCGAAAAAAUCAAUCUAGAAGAAUUAAGACCAACAAAGAUUUCUUUACAACUAGCUGAUCGUUCUGUUAAAUUUCCAAUAGUUAUGCUAGAGAACAUUCUCAUUCGUAUCGGACAAUUCUAUAUUCCUACAGACUUUGUAAUAAUGGAUAUAAAGGAAGAUUCCUACAUCCCUAUUAUUUUAGGAAGACCUUUUUUAGCCACAGUCGGAGCCAUCAUAGAUGUGAAGAAAGGAAAGCUAACAUUCAAAGUUGGAGAAGAAAAAAUUGAAUUUCUCUUAGCUAAAUUCCUACAAGCACCAACUAUAGAUGACUCAUGUUGUUUCCUAGACGUCAUCAAUGAAUGUGUGAAAGAAAUGGAGAAUGAACCAUCUAAGUAUAUUGAAGUACUAAAGAUUCCAAUACCUUAUAUAUUUGCAGAUGAUAAAUUGUGUGAGCCAUACGUAGAUGACAGUCUAAGAGAAUGUCUAACACUAACACCAAAUAUAAUACCAUGCCCAAAGAAAUCUUCAAUAGAACUCAAAACACUACCCAAAGAUCUAAGGUAUGAAUUCCUAGAUACCGAGCUUGAACGACCAGUAAUAGUCAACACUGACUUAUGA